AUGGCCCCGUUCAUCCCCAAGACCCGUGCGGGCCGCACGACCUCGUCGUUCCGUGCUCGCAAGCACAGUUCGAACAAGUCUAGCGGCUCGCGUGCCCGCAAGGCUCGCUCGAUCCGUCCUGGCACCUGCGCCAAUUGCGCUUGCACAGAGCAUUACACCAACCUCUGGCGCAGCGACCGUGGUGGUGGUCUCGCCGGCAAGAACCAUGGUGAUAGACCCAUGUUGUGUAACGCUUGUGGCCUCUGGCUUGCCGAAAAGGGAUACCCUCGUCCAAAGGAGCAGUGGAAGUGGCUCAAGAAAGCCCACGAGGACGCCCUGGAGGCCCGCAAGACCGCCAUUGUGGCUGGAGCCGACCCUGCCAAUGUGCCCAUUGAGAUGUUCCUUCCCGAGUCUUACGCGGCGGCUCCUGUCAUGCCCAUAGCUGCCAUUCGUCGCUCUUCAAGUGCGUCUGACAUGCUGCCGCUUCCCCCCAAGACACCCGAGGAGCCUCUCCCCCGUCUCCCAAGUACGCCCUCGCCGCGUGUCCGUGCCCGUCGCCGUCCCUCGGCGAUCUUGACCAAGAGACCCGCCCCAACCACGACAUUCCCCGCUGGGUCCGUCGACGUCGAACUGCCCCCCGCUGAGCAGGACCAGCAUACGGCCGCCAAGGCCCUGCUGGGCCUGUGCACCCAGGCAUGGGAGGAAAAGGUCCGCAGCCCCAUCCUUCCACCCACUCCCACGUCGCCCGUGCGCUGGAGUUUGCUGGAUGGCAAGCUGCCCUCUCCAUCGUGGAUUGAGCGCCGCACGCGCCGCCCACCCAUUAUCCCUCCCCCCGCGGGGUUCCAUUCUAACCCUCGUGCCCUUACGUACGAUACCGACCUGCCUUUCGAUGCGGGCGUCAUGCCCUCCCCAUCCUUACCCGUCCCACGGCAGUCGGGGUACCGCGGCCUUGCGGCCUCGUACUUUGAGAGCAGCAAUAGCGACCGCCGUCCCAAGUACUCGUCGCCACCAAUACAGCUGGCGUACGACGCGCCUUUGGAGCGCCACUCUGCUCGUCGCAACUCGGCCAUUUCGUUCACCUCGACAGCGUCGAGUGUACUCCUCACGCCGCCGGCCGAGACCAUGUCGUUCGCCGAGCCCUUUGGCCCCGCCGUUCUCGAAAAGCUCACCCACGGCCCCACGUUCCAAGAUAACUACCAUCCCCCGUGUCACCCCGCCUACAUUGGGAGCGCCGUGCAGGGAUACGCGUACGAGUACCAUUACCAGCAGUUUGUGAGCGCGUACAAGCCCAAACCCCAGUACCACAGAUAUCAACCCGAGUACCCCGCCCAGGGCCAUUAA